AGCGCCCGGCUCUGCUCCAGCCCCCCGCCCAGCUUUCCACUCGCAGCCUCUCUUUCGUGGGGAGGUCCACAGUCAUCCAGGGUUUUGUAGCAGCAGUAGUGGCGGCAGCAGCGGCAGCAUUAGCCCUAGUCCUCUACGGGAGUCACUGGAGGCCACGCCCCUUUCUUACAUCUCACCCAAUGAUGAACGGGCCGGUUGCGGGAGCCCUGGGCGGUGACUCCUGAUUCGAUUGAUCGACAGACUUACCAAUCGAAUGAUGAAGUGAGCCUCGAGCCUUACCAAUCCGGAGGCAGGGGCGGAACCGUGCAGGCGCAGAGUGCGGGGGUUUGGUAGAAGAUGAUUUAAAGAGACAGAAGCCGCCGGGGCCUUAGCGGACGGUCCCCGAGACCUUUCGCACCCUUGAGUCGUCGGGACCCUGGUCCCCAGAGCCGGGAAUAUGGUUUGUGGCGGCUUUGCCUGCUCCAAGAAUGCCUUGUGUGCGCUCAACGUGGUCUACAUGCUGGUGGGGCUGCUGCUGAUCGGUGUGGCUGCCUGGGGCAAGGGUCUGGGGCUGGUGUCCAGCAUUCACAUCAUCGGGGGAGUCAUCGCGGUGGGUGUCUUCCUCCUCCUCAUUGCCGUGGUUGGUCUCAUCGGUGCUGUGUACCACCACCAAGUCCUGCUUUUCUUUUAUAUGAUCAUACUUGUUUUGGUUUUCAUCUUCCAAUUUGUAAUCUCUUGUUCCUGUCUGGCAAUUAACAGAAACACACAGAAAGAUGUCAUCAGCACCUAUUGGUUGGUCAUGACGAACAAGACACGGAAUGAACUAGAGACAAGUUUGGAUUGCUGUGGCCUCUUCAACUCCACAACCUUAUACUUCCAGGACUAUACCUUUUGCACUGCACUCUGUAAGACCCAGAGCCCAAAGUGCCAGGUUUGUGGAGACAAAUUCCUUAAGCAUUCAGAUGAAGCACUGAAAAUCCUAGGGGGUGUUGGACUCUUCUUCAGCUUUACAGAGGACAUUUCUUCAUAUUGGGAAUCUGCUUUCCAUCCUCCUUCCCCACCUUCCCUCUCUGCCGCGCCACCACUCCAAAAAAAAGUAUAGACAAGAAAAGCAUUGAGUGCCUCAUGGAAGAGGGAAUCGACUUCAGCUUAGCCCCAGAAGGCAGAAGGAGCAGUAGGUGGACGUUACAGAGGGGCAGACCGAGAACGUUAAUAGCAGUUGUACAACUUUGAGAACAGCUACCUGGAAAAGGAAUGAGCUCUCCAUCACUGAAGUUUUCAAGCAGAGAAUGGGUGACC